AUGAUAAGUUCGUCAACUAAAGAGCGGCCUCAGAGGAUUCUUGCAAGAAUAUCCAGAGAUAUUGAGGAGAUACUGGUUAAAUUUGGAAAGAAUUCUGUUAGGAAAAAGAGCCUAAUUCCAUCUACUCAGUCAGAUAAGAUAGAUGUUUAUGUGCAAGAACCACAUGAGAAAGAACUUGAAAUUGAAACACCUCAGUCAAGAAAACCAGCAAUGUCCAGCAGUCUUAGCUGAUACAAUGAAGAUAAUAAAGGAGAGGCUGAAAUGGACUAUGAUGAUUCAACCUCAGAUAAUUCAUCAUUACAGCUCCAGAAAAACAUAAUUAUUCCCUUAGCAACUGUUAAAUCAGAGGAUGGAGAAAAAUUGAUAUACCAUUGGCACAUAAUCAUCCCUCCGAGAUACCCCUUUGAGCCUCCGCAUGUGUAUAAUCUGAACAAUAUUACACAUGAUGAUAUUGAUUCUUCAGGGAGGCUUCUAGUUAAAGCACUUUCUAAAGACUGGUCUGCGGUUUUAACCCUGAGCUCAGUAAUCUGCAUUCUGGAGCUAUUCAUCUGUGGUACCUUAAAAGAUAUGACACCACAAGACAUUCUUCAUCUAGACAGUAAUUACGAUUCAAGCUCUAACUCUAAAGGCUAUGAUCUCGAGGGCAUUCAGAGGAAGGGAAAGGAUUUUUACUUCAGAAAGAGAAGAUAUGAAAGUAUGGAAAGAGAUGAUUCCACUCAGACAAGUCCUUAUGAAAGUCCUAUCUUUAAGAAGUCCAGAAAAAGAAUUAAUAAAGGAUAUGACCUAAAUGAAGAAAUAUUGAUUUCUACAUUUAGCAAAAAGCUGAAACUUGAAAAAUAAGCAGUAAAUGUGUUUGGAUAAAUUUCUAUCUUC